UUGUCUGAUUCUAGCAUUUGCGUCGAGCUUUUGGAAGGGAGGCUAUUUGGACACCAUUCUCCUGAACAGACGAAGCACGCAUCACGUACCGAAAGCGAGCGCAGAGCAUCACCAAUCAUCCGAUGAGGCACAGCCAUCUCGUAGCCAGCAUAGGCUGGCUACUCGCAGCGGGCAGUACCGUCGUGAAUGGGCUCUGCAACCCGCAAAAUGUGACUUACAGCAACGAAUCGCCACCAAACGGGACUUACAUGCCAUGGGUUCUCAUGGGCGCCAUCAACAAUGUCCCUGGUGCAAAACAGUACAUCACCAUCGUAAAUCUGACGCCGCACCGAUUUGUCCUGCAAAACACGCACUCCUAUCAGAUGGAUGUCUUUGAUUGGGGCGAUGUUCCGCAGGGCCAUGCGCGGCAAAACACCGUCGUUUACACCAGCAAGGCCGGGAAGAACGCCGUAGACGACGGCGGCGAAGCAUACUACGCUAUCGACGGAACGGACAAGACCUUUAUGGUCCGAGCUGCAACCCAUAUCCCAGAUGCGCACCCAACACGGACAGUGAUUGACCUCACGGGCAUGGGCCAAGGCCAGCGCGAGUACUUGGAUCCUGCGAACCAGUCGCCGGUAACACUGGUGAUUACGGGCAGCGACAGCUACGGGUUCAUCACGUCUAUCCGGUUCGGCGCUGGGAACUGGAUGAAGAACAUCUACCCGGUCAUCAAAGACAGACAGAUUCAGCACGUCGUUAUGCCUGGAUCCCAUGACGCCGGGAUGAGCACCAUCAGUAACAAGCUGAGGGGAGGAGGCAUCAGUCAAAACACACAGACUCAGGGUAUCAACAUCUACAACCAGCUCUGGGCAGGAUCUCGGUACUUUGACCUGCGUGUCGGAUCAGUGCACUCCAUUACGGACAAUUCCGAUUACAGCUUCUGGACGCUGCAUGUCAGUGGCGAAACAGAUGAAAUCGCCCUGGGCAACUCGGGAGAAUCUCUCGACGACGUCAUCAGCGAGAUCAACCGAUUCACGGCCGAGAGCCCGGGAGAAGUCAUCUUCUUCCGCGUCCGCUACCUGAUUGGCAUCCGAGAGGUCCCCAGCCGGGGCCCCAUAUACUGGACGGCAGACAUGGUCAACGAUUUCUUUGGCAAGCUCAAGGGCGUCAACAAUCGGUGCGGUAAUCUCGACACCAGCACAACCUUUAACCAGAAGCCGGCAUCGUACUUUAUGGACCAAAACGGAGGAAACGGCUGCGUCAUCUUCCUCCUCGCGGGCGACUUGACGCCAGACGUGCCCCAAGACUCGGUACCAGACGGCAUCUACAAGGCCAACCUACUCUCCAUCGCUGACGACUGGUCCAACAUGGGCAACACCCAGGACAUGGCCGAGGACCAGGCAUCGGACUGGAAAGCCGUCAGCCGCGGCGGCAGCUCCGACACGUUCCACAUCAGUCAAUGGCUUGUGAGCGCGGACAUUGUCACCACGACCUUCUUCACCAUCGAGAGCAUCGGCAUCCUGCCCACCAACCCGGCGCUCUACUGGAUGGGCGUCAACAACAUGUCGCCCCAGAGGUGGCCGACCGUCAUCCUCGUCGACUACAUCGGCGUCGUGGUCAAGGGCCAGCACAACUGGGACCAGCUGAGCGCGGAGCUGUACACGCUGGCCGUUGGCUUGAACCUCUACAUGAUUAGCGAGAAUUGCGAUAUCAGCACGGUCGCCUCGCCGCUUCUGCCUGAAGGGAAAUCAGCAAUGAGGCUGUCGUCUAUGGCGAAGCCCUGGAAUGGCAUUCACUAUGCAAACGGCACGAUAGUCGACGAUGCGCCGCGCCACUCGCAUCCCGGCCGUCUUGAGAUUCUGAGAAAGGGCACCCGAUUCAUGAAUGGCACGGUGCUGGACCACGACAUCGUGAACCCUUACUUAACCUCGACGAGCAUGUGAAGCUUGCUUGUUAUCAAUGAUACCAGUUUUUGUAUAUAGACGCUUAUACCGAGU